AUACACAUAAAUACCGGUUCGUUGACUAUACGGGUCGAUAACUUCAUUUCAUAACAUGAAUUUAAACAUGGCUGCUCUAUAUUUGUUCCUGCUAUUUUAUUGCACUUUGUCAACGUUCGGCCAGAGAUAUCAACCAACCUGGGAAUCUCUGGAAAGCCGACCCCUUCCGGACUGGUACGACGAAGCAAAGCUUGGCAUAUUUAUGCACUGGGGAGUUUUCUCUGUUCCUAGUUACAGUGCAGUAUGGUUCUGGAAUUAUUGGAAAAAUGGACACCGAGACAUUGUCAACUUUAUGAAGCGGAACUAUCGUCCUGAUUUUACAUAUGCCGACUUUGCAGCAGACUUCAAAGCAGAAUUUUAUGAUCCUAAAAGAUGGGCUGCAACGCUAGAAGCCUCUGGAGCUAAAUAUGUUGUUUUAGUUUCUAAACAUCACGAAGGAUUUACCAAUUGGCCGUCUAAUUAUUCUUGGAACUGGAAUUCUUAUGACGUUGGUCCACACAGGGACCUGGUAGGGGAACUGGCCGAUGCUAUUCGCAAUACAACAAAUCUGCGAUUUGGACUGUAUCAUUCUCUGUUAGAAUGGUAUAACCCACUAUAUCUUAGAGACAAAGCAAACAAUUUUACAACACAAGAUUUUGUGAAAUUUAAAUCCAUGCCAGAACUAUAUGAGCUUGUGAAUAGAUAUAAACCCGAAGUAGUUUGGUCGGACGGGGAGUGGGAAGCACCGGACACUUAUUGGACGUCAAAGGAAUUCUUAGCUUGGCUGUACAAUGACAGUCCAGUGAAGGACACGGUUGUCACUAAUGACCGCUGGGGCAAAGGUGACAUGUGUCAUCAUGGUGGGUACUUCACGUGCCAUGAUAAAUAUCUUCCUACAACUCUCCAGAAAAGAAAGUUCGAAAAUGCAUGGACAAUAGACAAAAACCAUUGGGGGUUCCGACGAGAUGCACGAAUAGAGGACUUUUAUUCAACUCGAGAACUUAUUGCAACGUUUGCACAAACUGUAAGCUGUGGAGGUAAUAUGCUUAUGAACGUUGGACCAACAAGUUAUGGGACUAUACAACCAGUUUAUGAAGAAAGACUUCUACAGUUUGGAAAAUGGAUGAAAAUAAAUGGUGAAGCUAUCUAUAGUUCAAAACCGUGGACAGUUCAACAAGACAAUGCCACUCAGGCAUGUUGGUAUACAAUGAAAAAGACGGAAACAGCAACAAAUGUUUAUGCGAUUAUACUGGAUUGGCCAGAUACAAAUUAUUUGUAUUUAAAGGCACCUAUCACCAGUAGCAGCACAUUGAUAACAAUGUUAGGGUAUCAAGAUUAUAACUUUAGUUAUUCAAAAGUGCAGCCGUCUGGUGUGAAUAUAACAUUGCCAAAUAUAUCUUUUGCAAAGAUACCAAGCACUGAUGCUUGGGUUUUUAAGAUGACUGAUAUAGCGAAUUAGCGUAGUUCAUGCAAUUGAAAGGAUCAAGAAUACUCAUGUUCAAAGUAUCUACAUCAAAUGAGUAAAUUGUGCAAUCAAACGCUUUCGUGUCAGAAAUAACUGAAAUUUUUUUUUACUUGUUUUUUUAUUUCAAAAAUGUUAUUUUGAACCAUUGCUAUACAUAUUUGUGUGCUAUGCUUGAAGUGAAUCUCAUUUUUUUUGUACAUGCGACUGAUUAUUGACAUUGUGUAAAAGUGGUCACACCAAGAACUAGAGUAAAAUGAAUCAAUUGUUGUUUGAAUAUAUAUAAUUUCUUUAACUUUUUUCACUGCAUAUUAAAGUAAAUAAGUAAAUAGUCAUAAAGCUAUAAACGUGUUGAUCGGAAACGUAACUUACUUUUAUCGAUGAUUACAUUUUCCAUCCAAUCAUAUAUACAUGUUGUACAUGAAUUCAUCCAUAUAAUUUUUUUUUACCUUUGUUUAUAUAAUAAACAUUUGUUUAAUAUUUCUAAUAAACUGUCACAAUUCUGUUAA